UUUUCAUACACAGGAUGCGGAAGUGUCGAAAGUAGUUGCACUUUCGAUAUAUUUUUUAUAUACCAACAAUUUGAACAAUCAAAUGCGAUUUAAACAUGGGCAAGAAAAACAAGAAGGAUAAGAAAGGAAAGGGUAAAGAAAAAACAGAACAGAAGACAGAGAAGAAAGCAGAAAAACGUUCCAAAAAGGAAUUAGCAUUGAAAGGAGAGGAGGACAUUGAAAAAUUAAUAGCAGAGUUCCAAGAACAAGACAGAAGAAAAACAAAUGUCAUAGAAGAGAAAACAGCACCCCCAUCCCCAAGAUGCAAUAUUUCUUUAGUGGCACACCCAGAAAAAGAUGAGCUUCUCAUGUUUGGAGGGGAAUACUUCACUGGGAAUAAAAUGUAUAUGUAUAAUGACCUAUAUAUUUACCAAAUCAAGAAGAAUGAAUGGCUGAAAAUCUCCAUUCCAAACUCUCCUCCCCCUCGUAGUGCUCAUCAGUCAGUAACAGUUUCACAUCAAGGUGGCCAGAUGUGGAUUUUUGGUGGAGAAUUCUCCAGCCAUACACAAAAUCAGUUUUAUCACUACAAAGACCUAUGGUGCUUGAAUCUCAAGGAGAAAAAGUGGGAACAAAUAAAAGCGGCAGGUGGUCCAUCAGCAAGAAGUGGACAUCGAAUGGUUGCAAUUAAAAAACAAAUAAUAGUUUUUGGUGGUUUUCACGAUAACAACAGAGACUACAAAUACUUUAAUGAUGUGUAUAGUUUUGAUCUAGAAACAUACAAAUGGACUGUAUUAAACCCAACUGGAAAUGGUCCUUCACCAAGGUCAGGGUGUUUGUUGUUACCAAUAGUUGAACAGAAUAAAAUCAUUAUUUGUGGAGGCUACAGUAAAGACAAAGUCAAGAAAGACGUUGAUAAAGGCAUCACACAUUCAGACAUGUUUGCACUUAUACAAGACAAAAAACAAGAAGAUUCCUCGGAGGCAAGUUUAAAAUGGAAGUGGCAGCAGAUAAAACAAAGUGGUGCCCUUCCCUCAGCUCGUUCAGGAAUGUCUGCAGCAUUGGCACCAGGAAACAAAGCUUUUCUAUUUGGAGGAGUUUAUGAUGUGGAAGAAGAUGACGAGGAUAUUGAAAGCACAUUUUUCAAUGAUCUACUGAUGUUGGACUCAGAGAAAGGGAAAUGGUUUACAGUACAGUUAAGAUCUAACAAGCAAACAGUUGGAGAGAAAAAAAAGCGACGUAGGAAAAAGAAAGAUGGUACAGCAGAGACAGAGGUUGCUGGGGAAGAAGAUGAAGAUGAUGAAGAAGAUGAUGAGAUGGAGGUUGCUGAGGAGGGCGUUGACAAAUUAGAGAUCCAAGACCCGGCUCCAGUGGCAGCUACUGCAGCAGAAGAAUCUGUGUUCACAGUGACCUAUUCACAACCUGACCCACUAAGUAAGAAAAAUAAUGACCAGGAAACAGGCAACUCAACUAUGGAAGUAGACAAGUUAUGGCCUUCAAAGAGAAUGAAUCCUUCUAUUGCUAUAAAAGAUGGUAUCCUGUACAUGUAUGGAGGAAUCUAUGAAGAGGGAGACAAACAAGUAACUCUGAAUGACUUUUAUUCUCUUGAUAUUCACAAACUGGAUGAGUGGAAUGUUAUUGUAGCUGAGGACCGCAGUUUGCAGCAGUGGCAAGAUUCUGACUCGUCUUCUGAAAGUGGUAACGAUGAAGCUGGUGCUGCUGCAGAUGAACAAGAGGAAGACUCAGAUGAAAGCAUGGAAAUUACAUUUGAAGAUGCCCCUGACAGGAAAGAUGGGGAACACAUAAGCGACUAUUUUAGUCGGAGUCAGGACUAUUGGAUUCAGAAAGCUAGAGAGAUCUAUGAGGAGGAAGGUGAAACUUUGAGUGAAAGGAGACUAGUUCGAUUUGCCAAGGACAUUUGUGAAGAGGCUUGUGAUAAAUAAAUAAUUAUUUCAUGACAUUAUAAAUAAACUACAUCCAUUCAUUGCAAUAAAGUCUAUGAUGUGUCUCCA